GAGGAAAUUUUCCUUUAGUUUAUCAAACAUAAAACAUAGAAUUCAUACACACAUGUAAAUUAAACCUAUAAAUAACUCCAUUAGAAAGGUGAAACAAAGAAGACAACAUACAAAGUAGAAACAACAAACAAGUACAACAACACAAGUAUAGAAGACCUAAAACAACUUGAUCUUUCUUAGAGAGAGAAAGAGAGAUAACAAGAAGAAUCCUCUCUCAUCAACAAUAUUGUAUUAUUGUGGUGGAGAGUUAUUCUUGUGUUAUCUCUUCAAUCCACCCAAAAACUCGAUAAAAUCUCAUUCUUUCAAUUUAACCCUAAUUUUUUCUAUCUCUUCAAAAACCCUUAAAAACUCUCCUUUUUUUUUUUGUUGGAGAGUUUUUCACAAAUACCCAGAAAGAAAAAACUUGAGAAUUUUCAAUAAUGGCUAGUUGGGUACUUUCAGAAUGUGGUUUAAGACCUCUCCCAAAAAUUUACCCAAAACCAAGAACUUGGUUUUACUCAAAUCCCUUAAAAAUUAAAACUUCCCCUGUUUUUUCCCCUGUUUUUUCAGAUCUGAAAUCAAUUUCUUGUUGCUCAAAAUCUUCUUUUUCUACUAAUUCUAGAGAGAGAAAGUGGGAGGUUAAGGUUAGUGCACCUUCAAGGGUGGCCCCCACACCUUCAAUUGAAGAAAAUAUUAAUGGAGUUGAUGAAUUUAACCCAGGUGCACCACCUCCAUUUAAAUUAGCUGAUAUUAAAAAUGCAAUUCCUAAGCAUUGUUGGGUGAAAAACCCUUGGAGAUCUAUGAGUUAUGUUGUUAGAGAUGUUGCAAUUGUUUUUGGUUUGGCUGUUACUGCUGCUUAUUUCAAUAAUUGGAUUGUUUGGCCUCUAUAUUGGAUUGCUCAGGGUACUAUGUUUUGGGCACUAUUUGUUCUUGGUCAUGAUUGUGGACAUGGAAGUUUUUCCAAUGAUCCCAAGUUAAACAGUGUAGCUGGUCACUUGCUGCAUUCUUCAAUCCUUGUUCCAUAUCAUGGGUGGAGAAUUAGUCACAGGACUCAUCAUCAAAAUCAUGGACAUGUUGAAAAUGAUGAAUCAUGGCACCCAUUGUCUGAAAAGUUAUACAAUGGUAUGGACUUUUUGUCAAAGAAGUUAAGAUUCACCAUUCCAUUUCCCUUGCUUGCAUACCCAAUUUAUCUGUGGACACGAAGUCCCGGAAAAUCAGGUUCACAUUAUGAUCCAAAUAGUGAUCUUUUCACUCCAAAUGAAAAGAAAGAUGUUAUAACCUCCACAGCUUGUUGGUCAGCAAUGGUGGCAUCACUUGUGGGUUUAUCUUUUGUCAUGGGACCUAUUCAGUUGCUCAAGCUCUACGGUAUCCCCUAUGUGAUCUUUGUCAUGUGGUUGGACUUGGUGACUUACUUGCAUCACCAUGGUCAUGAUGACAAGCUCCCUUGGUACCGUGGUGAGGAAUGGAGUUACCUUCGAGGAGGGCUUACAACGCUUGACCGUGAUUAUGGAUGGAUAAACAACAUCCACCAUGAUAUCGGUACUCAUGUCAUUCAUCAUCUUUUCCCACAAAUUCCACAUUAUCAUCUAAUUGAAGCAACAGAGGCAGCAAAGCCUGUUCUUGGGAAGUACUACCGCGAACCAAAGAAAUCGGGACCUCUUCCAUUCUACUUGCUUGGUGUUCUCUUAAACAGCUUUAAGAAAGAUCAUUUUGUUAGCGACACUGGGGAUGUUGUCUACUAUCAAACAGACCCAGAUCUGUAGUCUGACAAGUUCUUCAAAGAACUACAGAUAGAGUAAUUCUUUCGGAUCCUUUCUUGAUCGAGAUCAUAAUGAACCUAGUAAAUAUAUUGGAAUCACAAGCAGUAAGGAUCCAAAUAGAUUUGUGUUUGAUCAUACUUUAUUUAGUAUUAGCCCUACUAUGCAAAUUGUCAUUUGGGCUUCAUCGAUUCUUAGCUUGCCCUCCAAUGUCCCAAGUAAUGGAGAGGAGGGCGUAGCGCGCGAAUAGAUCAAAUUAUAUCAUGUUUGUACUGAAAUCACGAUAUGAAAAUAUGGGGAAGAGGGGGGAGUUUAGAUAUUAGGCAAAAUUAUAAUUAUCAUUAUGAGUACAAGCAUAUCUAUUGUUUUACUUGUGUCUUAAUCAAUAUGUAUCACAUAAUUUACAAGUCUAUUGUAUAGAAUAUAGAUUAUUGCUGAUUU